CGUGCUAAUGCAGUGGGCAGAAGGCGGCAGCCUCGACGACUUCAUCGACAUUCGACUCGGGCGUAAACCCUCCCACAUCCACUUCCACGCCCCAGGUUCCACCGACGCAGACUACGAACUAGGCACACCGGCCCCUCCACCCCUAAGGAGAAGCGGGACUCCAGCGCAUACGCUCUCUGCUUCCGAUCUCCAUUCGAGGUCUGCUAGGAUACGAGCCUUCCGGGCUUUUCAGCGCGCGGGCGGCGCGGAGGGCGAGAGGCAAAGGGAGAGGGAGACAAGGAAGAGGAACGGAGAGUGGACGGCUGUCCAUUUGCUUAGUGCUGAUGAGGUCAAAGGGCUUUUUAAGGAUGUUGUGGCGGGGUUGGGGUUCUUGGACGACGUGAUGAAUGCUGAUGAGUACACGAUUAGACCCCGCGCUAUGCUCUCGGACUUUGGAACUUCUCGCGAUAUGAUCAACUCUACAAGGCUACAGCGCUCCGGGAAUACUGGGACACUGGAAUAUACAUCCCCGGAAUCUCUGCCCUCCCCACACACGGGGCUCUUGCAGCAGAUUGACUCAAAGUCGGAUAUGUGGAGUCUGGGUAUGAUUUUGCAUAAGCUGCUUUUUUUCAAGCUGCCUUAUCGGUAUGCAGCGGAGGGAGACGCGAACGGGGAGGCCGUCACGGGUGGCUCGAGGGCUGGUGAGGGGGAGAAGAUGGAUAAACUUGAGAGAGAGGUGUUGGAGUACCCUGGGGCUAGUGGCAGCCUUUGA